GGCGGGCGCUCCAGCCCCCGGGCGGGGCCAGGCGGCAGCGGGAGCGCGCUCGGCGGUAGCCGGGAGCCCGCCAGGGCACCUCCAGCACUGCUCCGGCCAUGGAUCCCCUGCCCAAAGACGGCGAGAGCGCGGCGGGCGGGGAGCCCAGCCGGGGCGCAGCCCCCUCCAGCGGGGUGGUUGUGCAGGUCCGGGAGAAGAAGGGCCCCCUGCGAGCAGCCAUCCCCUACAUGCCGUUCCCCGUGGCUGUCAUCUGCCUCUUCCUCAACACCUUCGUGCCAGGGCUGGGAACGUUUGUAUCAGCUUUCACUGUGCUGUGUGGAGCCCGGACUGACCUCCCUGACAGGCACAUAUGCUGUGUCUUCUGGCUGAACAUUGCUGCUGCGCUGAUCCAGAUCCUGACAGCAAUUGUGAUGGUCGGCUGGAUUAUGAGUAUAUUUUGGGGGAUGGACAUGGUCAUUCUUGCAAUUUCACAAGGUAAGUUUCUUUCUGUUCCUCCUCCUCAGCCUUGCACCCCAGGGCAGAUCCCAGCAAGCAGCGGGCACCUGGCUGGGGCGAGGAGUUCAGGCCUGGCUGGGGCAGGUGCUGCCCGCUCCCAGCUGACAUCCAGCCGUGUCCGUGGUGUCUGUGUGUCUGUCUGCCUGUCUCCGUCUGUCCUGUGGCUGUGGGGCACAGGAAGGACAUUGCCUCUAGCUUGCAGUCAGCACCCCCAGCCUGAGAGCAGGGUGCCCACAAAUUCCAGUGCUCCCAUAGCAGAGGAUGCCUAAGCUCUUAUUGGAGAAACCUGAGGCACCAGCACCAGCCCACCAAGGUACUGGGUGGAAGGUCUCAGUGUAUUGCUAUGGCUGAAAGACAAACCCAGGUCAAAAUGUCUCCUGGGCUGUGCACAGGUGCCCUGAGGACUCCUCUGGAGCACCUUGCUCUGGUCUCAGAGAGCCCUGCACAGGGACACAAUCCCAGGGAGGUCGUUGGUAAGACAGUCUGCAUGCAGGUUGGUUGCCUUUUGCCUCUAAACACAAGUUUGUAAUGAUUUACAGAAGUGCAAUUUCAAGUAAACAUGGUUAAGUUCUUGAUUCAGGGCCAGACGUUGAUCCUGGAGCUGACUGCUUUACCAAACUGCACUUCAACUGCAUUGCUGCAAAGGCACACUAACAGAGCACUACUUUGCACAGAAUACCUAUUGCUACAUCAGAAGCGCAGUAGCUGUUUCCCCAUAUAAACUAUUUCAUAAGACAGAUAAGUAUUUUAAUGACAAAAUUUAGCAAAGGAGAGCUCAUUUGGCUUGCUCUGGUCAUGUAAAGAGAGACACAAGCUCUGCCAUUGCAGUUGGCUUCCAGCCAGUUGCAAACCAAGAGGCAAGUCUGAAGGGAUUUCUAUUGUAUCUUAUUAAAGGCAAGGCUGCACAAACAAGUAAUUGCAAGCAGGAGAUCUAGGCUGCCAAGGCUGGAUGUAUGCAGGGAGUGUUCCAGAGUGCAGCAAAGCUCAUUUGCCAGGCCACUUCUUAGUGCACCAACAAGUCCCUUCGAGCUAAUGGUUGUGGUGCCUGUGGGUGUUUUGUGCUCAGCUGUUUUAACGGACUGACAGAAGCCUUACACGGGGGUUGGAAAGAAACUUUAAAAACAUCAGUGCUCAAUGAGUUAAGUAUUCUUCUAAGAUGCAGAAUUUCAGGUUUAUUUGAAAUUCAAAAUUCAAAAAUUACAGUCUAAUUACUUGAUUCAAGAAAAAACAUCAGAUUUUUAGAAGACUGCUGGUUGGAAGAGCUUCGCUAUUGCAGGCAGUGCAAGUAAGGACAGUUUGUUCUUUGUAUUUCUUUUCUUUUUAAAAGGAGACCUGUCCUGCUACAAUCCCAGCUUCUCUCAUAAAGGAAUCAGGUAAAUCUUCUGGUGAGGUCAUUGCAGCCAGCUGGGAAAGUGUCAAAAAGCCAUUCUUUUCUCAAACCCAGUGUCACACAAGAGCUGUAGUUACUCUCUCUCCUAUCUCCUGGCCCCAGCAGCUCCCCUUCGUCCCUACAGCCAGACAGCAAGCAGCGGGGUCCCGGCCCCAAGGAGCCAUGGUGAGUAGGACAGGAUACUUGAGCCCUUGCAGGAGUGGCUUGUACACACCUUGGUGGUGAUGUGCACUGGAUUUGCUACUGAAAAGCUCCAUUUUCCCCACUGCUGCUGUGCCUUGACAUGAGCACCUCAUUCUGCUGGCCUGAAGCAAAGCAAAUGGGUAAUGAGGCAGUGAGAGCCUGUGAAGGACUGAGGUUACUUACCCUGCAGCCACAGGUACCCACAGCACUCUGGAACCUCUCACAGCAGCAAAGCCAGGCACCGUGCCUGCCACCAGCAUCUGCAGGGCUGCGUGCUCAGGUCGCUGUGCCCAUGGCAGCAAGGGGCAGCACGCCGUCCCAGCGCCCAGCAGCAGGGAGGCGGCAGCCCCCGGUCUCCUCACAGGGGUACCCCAGGCUCCUGGUGCAGCCGGCUGCAGGCCACACCGAGGGUCUUCCUUAGGGACUGGCACUAAUCAUGUUCCCUUCCCCCCCUCCUCACAGGCUCCAAGGAGCAGGGAAUCCCACAGCAGCUGUAGUGGCUGGGACAAGUAUGUUCAGAGAAACACGGCGAGCGAUUUCCUUGGGCGGCUGUGGGCCACGGACCUUCUCAUUACCCUUUAUCUCUCUUCUUCCUUUUGUUUUGUGCCUGCCCCCGGUCCACCUGCCUGUCCAGCGGAGCGGCGGUACCGAGCACCCGAGGGAGACUUGCACUGACUGAGCAGCAGAGAUGGGGCGAGCGCACCGCGCCUUGGGACUGGCCCCAGCGAGCCCACGGUGGGCGGAUGAGGAGGAGGAAGAGGAGGGUGCCGAGAGGAGGGAGGCCUCUGGGAAUGGUGGCACCUGGGCAGGCAGUGGCACUGAGGGGGUGGGAGAUGCUGUGCUGUCUGCCCUCCCAGCAGGAAAUGGCCAGAGCUAUUUUGCCUCCUGUUUUGCUCGCUGUUAAAGAAAACCAGCUGUAAACAUCAAAUGCCAAGGAGCUAUUAAUAGAUACGUGUACAGUCUGUAAAAGCAAACAAGUUGUACAAUUUUUCCCCUCCAAGAAGCCAUUCUUGACUGCUUUGUGGCAACAGAGGGCUCAGCCCAGCCUCCUCUGCUGUGUAUUUAUGAUGCUCGGCGAAGCUAUAUCACUGCGAAUGUCUUGAGAAAUGUGCUCCCUGUAAAUCGCGUUGUACUGCUGAACUGAGCUGGGCCAUGCCCUCCUUCAAUCCACUGGCACCAUGCAAGCACCUGCUCCCACUGGCCUCAGGAGGCUCCCGCUGGCAGCAAGCAGAGCACUCCAUGCUGCCAAAAGCUCCUGCUGUAAAGGCUUCUUUUCUUCCCCUUCCCCUGGAAGGGACGUGCUGGCAGUGUCUCCUUGCUCUGGAAAUGGAUCCCUGCAGUGCGACCCACGGUACCGGCUGACAUGGCAGCUCUGCUCUGCUACCUGCGGGCCAGAAGAAUCACCUGGCACCUUCAUGCCUCCCCUGACACAGGUGCACGUUGCGUGCUGGAGGCCUCAUUUGUGCCUGCGGGAGUAGGGCCCCGGCCCCCUCCUCUCCGCACACAUCAGCUGAUGCUUCCACCAGAAUAUUCCUCUCUGCCUCCCUUCAUGGUUUUGGUGCAGCAAACACCAGAAGGCUGUGACCGUGCUUCUUGCUGAUCUCUGCACACGAUCCAGCUGCCGACCAGGACUAAGACAUGUGGCACUGAGCUGGCUCGAUAUCAUCCUUUGCUUUGUGAGUAUAAAUGUUUUAGGUGCAAGUGUUACAGCUAAAGAGCAAUAGUAAGUUGUGAAGACUGCAACUGCUUUGCCACCAUCAGCCAGCAACAAACUAUUUUCUGCUGCUCUUUUCUGAUUGUGAAAACCAUGUUUUUCAAAAAGGGCUGUAAUGAAACAGUUUCAACCAGGCUGAAACGCUGCUUUACUGCUUGUCGGGAAGCACUGUCAGGUAGAGACCAAACAAACACUUUUCUGAAUUUGCGAUGAGUUAUCAUGUAGCUUCUCUCUGGAUCAGCUGAACCACUGCAAUGGGGGGAGCACAGAAAUGUUGAUGAAUUUGUUGGUGUUGCCGGUUUGUAUUUAUCACAGAAAAAGAGCCAUGGAAAAUGCUCGCUGUCCUGCCCAAAUCCCAAGAAAUCACAUGUUCCUGUCCAUGUGCAUCAGCUGCCACACAUUUCACUACAGACCUUUUGCAUCUGCUGGACACUGCUCCCUGGCACAGCCUCUGUGCUGCGGGAGCUGUUACACAGGGCUCCACCUCAGGGAAGCCCACACAUGAAGUCUCACAGUGCCCACACUCUCCAGGGGCAGCUUUGUUCCAUCCUGGUGAUGCAUUCUCAUCUUUUUGGAAUGACCCAUGCACAUGCUCAGCCAGCAGAGCCUCCUCUCACCCUACCACUGCACAGCACCACGGGGCACUGCACAGGGCUUUGUCCCAUGAGUACACUUCUUUUUUGAAGUGCUCAGCCCGAACAAAACGUUCUACAUGUCAACACCAACACUUCAUUGGCACUUAGAAUGGCCUGAGAAGAGCCAUAAACGCAGACAGACCUAAUGUUCCUUCCAGCCUAAAGUGGAGGCUUCUCCCAAGCACUCAGUGGCGAUGCAUCCCCGUGGUUCCCAGCUGACGUUUCUCUGCGUUCGUGCACACUACUCACUUUCAGGCAGUUUUGGAAUUGGUUAUCCUACCUGGAACUCGGCAUUUCCAGUCCACCUGCAUACCACCCCCAGUGACCACGGCACCAGAUGAGCUGGGAUAACUGCAACGAGCCCGGCAGGAGCCCGCACCACCUGCCAGCUAUCCUUCCUCCCCACCAUCUGUAAUUGUGACCUCUCCCUGCGCUCACCCAGAGGGCAGCAGCACUCCCUUGGUAUGCUUCCGCCCGAGUGACGAGGGAACUGAUGCCUGCGUGCAUCAUCUGCUCCCUAUAUGGAGUUGGUGCUGGUGCCCUGACAUUCAGCCUGCAUUCUGUUUCUGUGCUGGUGCCCGACCUGACCCCUGCGGUCAGGGAGGAGGGCUUCUGUGCCCACUGAUGUUGCCGACUGUUUGGUUGUGAUGUGCUGUGUUUUGAUACUGUGGAUUUUCUCUCUCUCUCUCUUUUUUUUUUUUUUUUAAGUUAAAUAUAUUCUAUUGCUGUACAAAUGGAAUGAAACACAUUCUCUUUAUGUAGCCCAGACAAAAUCCACCAGGCCUGCAUUUAGAUGGGGUUUCUUCCCACGGGGCAGCAGAGGCCUGGCUGGGGUCCUCACUUCAGUGUGGCCAUCUCGGCACUGCUGAGACAGUGGGAGCAAAGCCACCCCUGGAGCUGGUGGGUGCUUUCUCACCUCGGUUUUCUCUUCAACCCUUGCACUUUGAAACGACCCUGGUCACAUUCCCAUACGUGAGCUGGUGCCACUGGGCAGGUGCGUC